AAUUGUAAUGUUACUAAAUUAUUUUAUUAUUUUUAAAAAUUUAAUAGCAAUAAAAUGAUUUCUGCAAGAAAUUCCCUUUUACUUAACUCAACUUUACGGCGCUUAAGAAUCUCUCUUGGCUAUUCAAAGGAUGCCAAGUUCUCUUCCUCAAGGGAUGGUGAUACCUCCAAGGACAGCAACGAUCUCAAACGCUUGGGCACAAGUCCACGAAAUAUUCGUGAUCAUCCCGUUGGAUGUACACCUCAAACUUUAAACACAACUGCGUUCAUCACUCCGGAUUUUAUACCCCCGUAUACUUAUAGAAUUGUGGAUGAAAAGGAGCAAAUCGGUCCAACGGCAGGCAAGGAGGAAACCUACAAGAACCCUGAGUACUACAGCUAUUAUCGGUACUCGUACUACGACCUUAAAACCAUUGUCGAUACCAUUAAGAAGAAACAAGCAUCCAAAAAAUAACACAAAAAUAAAAUACUUUUGAAGCAAAAUACUUCUGACAAGCUACACGGAAAUAUAUCCAGAAUAUACGUAAUGUGAUUUCAUACUUGGUUAUAUAUUAACUAUUGUAGAUAU